CCUACAGGAUGGGGGCGGGCCCGGCUGCGGUUUAAUCCCCGACUCCGCCGGGAUUACGGCUGUAGGAUAGUCUCUAAUCCGCGGCAGCAACCACCGGGGCUGUUCGCCCCAUCCCGCAGCAGAGGCACUGUUGGAGAGGGGACAGAGCCCAAGGAGAGUUCAGAGCAAGCCCAGCCACCUCCCCAACAUGGAUACUAGAAACGUGCCCCUCCAGGCUGAGAUGGUGGAGCUGGUGCCCAAUGGGAAGCAUGCAGCUGCACUCACCACCUCUGCUGUCCCAUCUCUGACAGGUGAUAGGUUUGAGGAGAACCAGUCUGGUACGGCAGAAAUGGAGGAGUUCCUGCCCCAAGGUGCCGAGAAGAAGCAGACACACUUCACUGAUUUUGAAGGGAAGACAUCUUUUGGGAUGUCUGUCUUCAACCUGAGCAAUGCCAUCAUGGGCAGUGGCAUCCUGGGACUGGCCUAUGCCAUGGCAAACACUGGCAUCAUCCUCUUCCUCUUCCUCCUGACGGCAGUGGCUCUGCUUUCCAGCUACUCCAUCCACUUGCUGCUCAAGUCCUCUGGCAUUGUGGGCAUCCGUGCCUACGAGCAGUUGGGCUACCGAGCCUUCGGCACACCAGGGAAGCUGGCUGCAGCCAUUGCCAUCACGCUGCAGAACAUCGGAGCCAUGUCCAGCUACCUGUACAUUGUCAAAUCUGAAGUGCCUCUCGUCAUCCAGACCUUCCUCAACCUGGAGGAGAAGACCACGGACUGGUACAUGAAUGGGAACUACCUGGUGAUCCUGGUUUCUGUCACCAUUAUCCUGCCCCUGGCCCUCAUGAAGCAGCUGGGCUACCUCGGCUAUGCCAGCGGCUUCUCCCUCAGCUGCAUGGGCUUCUUCCUUGUCUCGGUCAUCUACAAGAAGUUCCAGGUCCCUUGCCCACUUCCUGACCAGGACGGGAAUUUUACUGGCAUCCUUAACAACACCCUCCUCAGCACUAGUGACUACCAGAAUGGCUACACCGUCCUGCAGGCACCUGAGCAAGACACCUGCAGCCCCAGCUUCUUCACACUGAAUUCCCAGACGGCGUACACCAUCCCCAUCAUGGCCUUUGCUUUUGUCUGCCAUCCUGAGGUUCUGCCCAUCUACACUGAGCUGAAGGACCCCUCCAAGAAGAAGAUGCAGUGCAUCUCCAAUAUCUCCAUCAUGGUCAUGUACCUCAUGUACUUCUUGGCUGCCCUCUUUGGCUACCUCACAUUCUACGGCCGGGUGGAAUCAGAGCUGCUGCACACAUACAACAAAGUGGACCCCUUUGACGUACUCAUCCUGUGCGUGCGGGUGGCCGUGCUGACAGCUGUCACGCUCACUGUUCCCAUCGUCCUCUUCCCGGUGCGCCGGGCAAUCCAGCAAAUGCUGUUUCAAGGAAAGGACUUCAGCUGGGUCCGCCACAUCAUCAUUGCCGUGGUCCUGCUGACCUUCAUCAACCUUUUGGUCAUCUUUGCCCCCUCCAUCCUUGGCAUCUUCGGCUUGAUCGGUGCCACGUCUGCUCCCUGCCUCAUCUUUAUCUUCCCGGCCAUCUUCUACAUCCGCAUUAUGCCCAAGGACAAGGAGCCAUUGCGUUCCACUCCAAAAAUCCUGGCUGCCUGUUUUGCCCUCCUCGGAGUGCUCUUCAUGAUCAUGAGCUUGAGCUUCAUCAUCAUCGACUGGGCCACAGGUGGGGGGAAGAGUGGUGGCGGGCAUUAGCCAGCACCGGGUGCCCACGCCAACCUCCCCCCCACCUGCUGGAAGAGCCGGCCCCGGGUUCAGCCCUACCGGGCUUCCCCGAGGACCUUCUGCUGUUGCUACCCAUCACCAGUGGUGGUGCUGAGGGGGCAUGAGCCAUGACAGGUGUGGGAACCCCUCCCUGCUCUGCGCUUCAGUUUCCCCAUCUGUAAAAUGGGGAGAAUAAUACUGCCCUACCUCACCGGGAGCUGGCUGUCAGGUGGAGCUCAUCUCUGCAUACCCAGAGCUGCUGGCAGCGGGCACUGCCAGGGGCAUGGGGCACCGCCUGCUGUGGGGGCCAAGGAAUAGAGCUCUUUCCUGGCAUUGAGAGCCCUGAUGAACAGUGUCUGCGUGAGGCUGGAGUCCAGUGUGGUGGUUGAACCUGUAGCAAUGCCUGUGCCCAAGCCACCUGCUCUCUUGCCCUGCCAUCUUCUGGUACCUGGCAAGAUACCACCCCACUGCUUCAGCAUCAUGGGGGCAGUGUGGCUGCUGUGGGCAAGUGUGGUCCUGCUGCUGUGGUUGGCAGUGCCCAGACCGCUGCUCUUGAGCCUUCUUGAGAAAUAGUUGGUUGGUUCCUGAUGCCCAUGGAUGGGACCCUGCUGACCCCCAGGCUGUGCUUGGGGACUGGCCAUAUUGCUAUGGGGAGGCAGCAUGCCUGCCGAGGGCACCCACUGGCACCCUGCCCAUGUUGCAACUUGGCUACCCAGGACAUAGGUGGGAGGGCUGGGGCCCAGCUUGGGACUCUAGAGCCACUCCCCUGUCUGGACACCAAGGUGAUGGGUACUCCUGUGACCCAACUUGACCCUGCUAACCUUGCCUCUGGGGCCAGCAGCCAGAUCCUCACAGCCCUUGACCCUCCACCCACCCACCCAUACAUGCUGCUGGGACACCCUAUGCCAUGCCAAAACUCUGGGAGCAACAGUCCCACCCCUUGCCACCCUCCUCAGCAGGUGGGCAGCCUGGCAGGGUGGGCAUCAUGGGGUGGGGUGGGAGAGGUCUUGCAGCAGAGUUCAUCAGAGAUGUAUUUUUUUACUGGCUUGGUGGAGUCUGGAUUUUUUUUUUUAUAAAUACUGUACAUAAAAGUAGAUUUCUCCUACACAUACAAAACCUGUUCAUCCCCUCCAAAAGCAAGGGAAGCAGGUGGAGUAAGAGAACCCUCUCGGCUUAACUGUGAGAUUCUGGGUCUGCUCAGAACCAAAAAGGAAACGUACAAAAGAUGGAAAAGUGGAUCAUUGCCUGUUGAAAACUACAGGGGCAUUGCCAGGGUUAUGCAGAGAUGCAUUUAGGAAAGCAAAAGCUCAAUUUGAAAGAAAAUUGGCCAGGGAUGUCUGAAACUACAAGAAAGGCUUCUUCAGUUAUGUUAAAGCCAAGCAGAAACAGAAGGAGAACAUUUGCCCUAUUAAACAGGAGAGAUGAGCUAGUCAACAACAGUGCUGAAAAGGCAGCUGAAGAGGCAGAAGUCCUCAACUCCUUCACCUCCAUCUUCGCCAGCACUGCUGGGUCCCAGGACAUGAGAACAAAUGUCCAGACUGAUACAGACAUAGGCCUGCCAUCGGUGAAGGAAGAAUUGGUGUGUCAACUACGACAAGAGCUUGACCUGUACGAAUCGAUGGUCCCAGAUGCCAUCCACCUGAGGGUGUUCAAGGAACUGGCUGUUGUUGCUGUGAGGCAGCUCUCCAUAAUAUAUAAGGAAUGGUGGAGGUUGGGAGGUGUGCCUGAAGACUGGAAGAAGGCUAAUGUCACCCCUAUCUACAAAACAGGUUCCAAGGAGGACCCAGGCAAUGAUAGACUCAUUAGCCUAACAUUAAUCCCUGGGAAAAUUAUGGAGCAAACCCUCCUGGGGACUAUUGCAAGUAAACUGAAGAAGGUGGUAGGGAAAAGCCAACAUGGAUUCACCAGGGGUAAGUCGUGCUUGACAAACUUGAUUGCCUUCUAUGACAAGGUGACAUGCUCAGUUGAUGUGGGGUGAGCAGUGGACACAUCCACCUGGAUCUAUCCAAGGUUUUCCACACCAUCUCUCACAGCCUCCUCCUUGAGAAACUGACAUACUGUGACCUAGACAAGUGGUCUGUGGGGUGAGUGGAGAGCUGGCUGACAGGCCGUACCCAGAGGGUGGUAAUAAAUGGCUUUCUCAGACUGGCAACCUGUCACUAGUGGGGUGUCCCAGGGAUCAAUAUUGGGCCUAAUGCUGUUUAAUGUCUUUAUUAAUUAUUUAGACAUUGGAAUUAAGAGCACCCAGAUGAAGUUUGCUGAUGACACAAAAACAAGUGGGGAAGUUAACACCCCAGAAGAGAGCUACCCCCCAGGGAGACCUUGAUAGGCUGGUUGAGCAGGCAAGAAGAAACUGGAGUUUAAUGAGGCGAAAUGUAGGGUCUUGCACCUGGGAACACAUAACCCAGGCAUACAGCUCAGGUUGAGAGCUGCCUAGCUUGAGAGAAGCACUGUGGAGAGAGACCUGGGGGUCUUGGUGGACAAAAGGCUCAACAUGAGUGAAGUGUGCUGUGGUGGAUAAAAAACAAAGCCAAUAGGAUGCUGAGUUGCAUUAAUAAGGCUAUCACAAGCAGGGAUAAAGAUGUCAUUCUCCCAGUCAGUACUACUCAGGCUGCACCUGUGUACAGUUUUGGUCCCCACUAUACAAGGAGGAUGCAGACAGGUCUUCCAUUCUCUCGCCCCUUUCCAGCCUGCCAUAUGAAGGAAGGCUGAGAGAACUGGGUUUGUUCAGCCUUGAGAAGAGAAGGCUUAGGGGAGACCUCGUGGCCAUGUACAAGUACAUAAACAGCAUCUAUUAUGAGGAGGGAGACUCCCUUUUUAUAAAGAGCCACAUGGUGAAGACAAAGGGCAAUGGGGACAAGUUGCUACUGGGGGGAUUUGGACUGCAUGUCAAAUGUUUUUACCCGUUGAACUAUUAAACAUUGGAAUAAACUCCCAAGGGAGGUGGUGGAUUCGGAUUCCCCUACAUUAGACAGUUUCAAGGUCCAGCUUGACAGGGCGCUGGGCCAUCUCCUUUAAACUAUAUUCUUACCCUGAAAGGUUGGACUAGAUGAUCCUUGAGGUCCCUUCUAAUCUGGUAUUCUAUGAAUAUAUACUAUGAAUAUAUAUUUUUUUUCAUGUGCUGUGUUGCUCUGGGUAGCUCUGUAUAAUGUACAUAUCCAUAUAGGGCAGAAUGGGGCUGUGACCUGGUGCCAGAAAGGGGCACUGCAGCAGACCUGUGCUGCAGUGUGACCCCAAUGUCCUUGUCCCCAGCCCAGAUGCCCUGUGGCCACCCUUGCGCCAUGCUGGGGGGGUACACUUUUAAGAGGUCUGUGAGGCAGUGUCCAUGCUGGUGAGGAGGCCAGUGAAGGCUCUGGCAGUGAGAAUAAAGAUGUGAACAUGU